CGUCUCUCUGUCUGUCCUCGCGUCUGUCCGUCCGGGGGAAUGGCGGAUGGGGAGACAGCCGCUUCUAUGGAGUGGGACAGCGGCGGUGUAGCACACUAACAUCAUACUGCGUGUACCGGUGUCACCUCGGUUCAGUGUGAUUUCCAUCUUUCGCCAUGGACCCGGAGAAGACGCUGACUUUCUGCCACGGGCUCAGGGCUGAAGAGAUGACCAUGUCGCUGCGGGGGCUGGUUGAGAGUGUGACGGUUGCGCAGAUAGAUCCUGGCAUCAGUUUUGUUACUGAGGUGGUGACACAGCGUGAGGAUUCAAACAGCCUGCCGGUCCCAGUCAGUUCCAAGUACUGCCCGGGGUUAAAUAACAAGCCGGGGUACCUGUGUGAAACAGGGCACUGCUGUGGAGAGACAGGCUGCUGUACCUACUACUAUGAACUCUGGUGGUUCUGGCUGCUGUGGACUGUACUGAUCCUGUUCAGUUGUUUCUGUGCUUACCGCCAUCGUCGUGCCAAGAUGCGCAUCCAGCAGCAGCAGAGACAGAGGGAGAUCAACCUCAUCGCCUACAAUGGAGCCUGCAACUACUCUUCCUCAAUGCUCGACCUCAGUUUCCUGGCUUCCUUCAAGUUGCCGUCUUACGAGGAGGUGGUAGCGCAGCCCAGCACCCCUCCUCCUCCAUACAGCUCUGUGUUUGCUCUGCAGGGAGGAUCAAUGGGCGGCCCCAGUUCCUCCUACAUCCACCAUCACUAUCACCGCCACCCUUGCCCGCCUUGCCCUCCCUAUCUGGGUCCCGGCCCGAGUGGCUUCACCUCCUCCCAGAGCUCCGAAAACUACACCAGCUGCUCCUGUGACUCCUACUCCAUCACCUCCCCCUCCAGCACGUCUUUCUCCAUUCAAGUGACAGACGAGACCUACGAAAGCAGCCUCAUGUCUACGCCUAGCGAAUCUGGAGACAAGUCCAUGUUCACGCCCUCCCCCUCCACUCCGGGUCUACCGCACGCCAUUCCCGAUGUCAUCCCUAUGGUCAAGUCAGAGGUUAUUCCCGUCCAGAGACAAUCAUCGUCCACCAUUGAGUCCAUCUCCCCAUCAGCACCGCAGCUUUCUCUUCCUCUACACUCUCUCAACGCCCCUGGUCCCUCACACCACCAUCACCACCCCAUGUCACCCCUCAUUCUCUUGUCCACGCUUCCACCAGGUCAAGUCCACCCUCUUGCUUUUCCAGACCCACUCGGCGCCGUCACUGUUAAGAAAGAAAAAUCCCUGUACGAAGCUUCAAGACCCACAUCCCGAUCUGUUGCAUCCCCACUUCAACCCACGAUCUUGUCUCCCACCAACACGGAAAAGCCGAAACGCGACAAAGAAGAUGAAGACUUUGAAGACGAUGAUGAUGAAGAGGAUCAUUUCCGCCAUCGAAGACUAACCGGGGACUCUGGGAUUGAGGUGUGUCGCUGCCAUGUGAAACGAGCUGAGCGAAAGGAAGAGACGACAAGUCCAAACCAGGGAGCCAAGCCUGGAGCGCAGUCUCCACAUCGGGAAGACUGCGCUGAGCGGAGCAGUGGCCUGUCACCCACCUGCAGUGUCAACCUGGAGACCGGCGAUGCCAUUAUUACAGUAGAGUCCUCUUAGGCAAAAUGACACCCAGAUGUAGACGAGGUACCAGAAGUGAGAUGCCUAGAUUCAUAGCAUUCUCAUAGAUCAAGACUAGUAAGUGAAGUUGACUCACUGAAGACAAGUCUUGUUGGUCCUUGGUUAGGACAGAGGCUGAAAGGUGCUCUUGAUUAUUCUUGCAGAAAAAGAAAUAACAAGAGGACCGGACGUCCCAUUCGAGUUGAAGUUGUCAGCUAGUUUUGUUGUUGGUUGACACAUCAAGUGUUGUGUGGUAAUGACGUCUUUGUAGCCCUAAUUCAAGUGUCAUAUGCUUGAUUCACUAGAGCAAAAGCAGCUGCUACUUGUACUUGACCAAGUCUUUUUGCAGUGCCCAAAUGUUCAUUUUUAGUAUCCUUUGUGGUGCAGAAUUUAUUUAUGUAAUAGAGAAUAUUGGUUUUAAUGGUUACUUACCAAAAUGUGUUAGAUAAAUCACAUUGUUUUAAGAAUAUGAAAUUAAUGUGUUAUACAAAGAUAUGCAUAUAUAUCUGUGAGACAUUCACAUAGCCUUUUCUUGUGAAGGGUUCUAGAUAGUUCUCUACCUCUUGAGGCAUUCAUAGAUGGACCUUGUCAUCAGUGAAAAUCCCUUUCUGGUGGAAAUGCUGUUAACCCACUGACAUGCAGAUUGUAAGGAGCUAUAUGAUUAUGAUGUAGAACUUUUAGGCACCUCGUUUGUAAAUGCUUUUGUAGAACAAAAAUACAAUGUUUUAAAAAUCUUAUUGGUUAUUUGCCAACUGUGAGGGCAUAGAUCUGGGGUUUGUUUUGAGGUGUGUACCUCUUUCUUUUGACUAUAGAGAAAGAAGAGAACUAUUCUGGCUAGUUAUGUACUUUUGAGCUGUGUGCUUUAGGCUGUACCAUGUCUCUCCUUUAAAAUGGUACAAACAUACUGUAGUUGGUGUGUUGGUGGCAAAGCUUUACCAUGAUAUUAUGACUGUAUAUUGUUAUUCAGACUGUUACUUAGAUACUUCUUACUGACUGUUUGACUUCAUUGUUUUAACCAGCCCUCCAGGGCAUAUUGCAGUUUUUGGCAAGCAAAGGUCUGUUUGAAGUGUCUAUUUUAAUGUGGAGAGUCCAUUAGUCUAAUUGUAUUAUUGAAUGUAGACAAUUACACCUCUCUAUAUCACCUCUCAUUCAUGGUAAAUAUUUGGUUAAAAAUAGCUCAUGCAGAAAUGUGUCCAAAACUCCAAUGAAGCAGCAGCUGUGGACUUGGACUGGUGUAAUUAUCAAACUUGUGCAUGUGUGACUGAAAUGUUUUAUGUCCACACAAGAAAUUAGUUUAAUUAUAUUCCGACUGACCACAGCAAAUCUGUCUUUAGGACAACAGUUACAAUUAGUUAAGAUAGUAAUGUUUUUAUUAUAUUUAUUUGGCUUUCACUAGCAUUACGGCAAGACAUUAACUAUAAAUGAAGGUCUGCUGUGACUUACAAUUUAAUUGCUUCAUAUCUGAAGACAAAUAAUGUGACAAAUCAUGUUUGAAGGGGCUGUGUGCACACAAAUGUGUUUAGACAGGGCCUGUGUGGACCACAAUAUACUUUUUCAGUAACUAUACAAAAGCAGAUAGCCCAUUUAGCCUAUGUGGUCAUUACCGGGGUAUAUGAUGCCUAUGAGUGCAGUUUCUGUUAGCUACAACAUUAGCUGCUGCUAUGUAAGCAUGCUGUCUGUAUAUAACUGUAUAAUAUCAACCAUCUUCAUAGCAGCUUCAGCAGUCUCCAAAAAUAUAGUACAGGUGAGACUUGCAAAAAAUGUAUUUAGCAAUAGUAUUCACACCUUUUUCCUUAUUCUAGUGAAUGCUGGUUGAUAGGAAACAACUGUUGUGAAGAGUAAUUUACCUCUUUUAAACAUUUUACUGUGUGAUAGGCAUAAGAACUUGAUAUUGAAUAAAGCUAUAACAUUUUUAUAAAUUGUUGCAAAAUAAAUUAUUGAAAAAGUUGUUCUUUUAAUAGGAAACUUGUUUGAUUUUAUUAUUUAUGUAGCUAGAGUUUAUGCCUCACAUGCCCUGGACACAGCUCGACAGUGUCAUUACUUAAGUGUCACACUGUGUUGAAAAACAAUGCUCAACAAACAAAAAGUUAAGUUUUGUAUUUCAUCAUAUUCAUCUCCAAGCCUAAUACUUGGAUCUGAAUUAGCAUACAUUUACAUUACAAUUUUUAUAUUAUUAAUUAUACUGGUGAAAUGAAGAGAUUCUGGCUUAAGGUGGCCAGACGUCCCCAUUUCUCCUGGACAGUGUCAGUUUUGAGCGCUGUGUUCCAUGUCCCAGCAGAUUUAUUCAAAAACACUGAUUUGUCCCAGUUUUAUACAAGAAUUGUCCCACGUGUCCCUAUAUUUGACCAAUCUGAUACCUGACAACAGUAAAGAAAGGAAUAUAUUGUCAUUUGUCUUGUUAAAAUACAGAAAAAUGCACCAACAGAAGUCCCACAAUGUUAGAAACCCUUCACUCUUUUAUUUAUACCAAGAAUCACCACCUGGAUGUGUCCCAGUUUUUAAUUUUGAAAAUCUGGUCACCCUAAUCUGGCUACACCAUAAACAGAAAAUUGUUGUGUUCUGGUGCAUGAGAGACAAAAACUGGGCUAUUUAUCAAAGAAUGAGGAAGCUCACUGUAAAUAGAAUAUUAUAGUUUGCCUUAUUAGCAGCUAUCAAGUAUAUUAUAAGCUCAAGGCCUGAGACAAGACUGUUACCUCGUGAGUUUUGACUUUCACUGUUUAGGCUAUUUUUGGCUGAAUAAUAUUUUCUCAAUAUUUGUUGCAAUGUUUAUUGAUGGUGAGCAUCAAAAUCAUUGAGCCCACAUUGGUUUGGCUAGGUUUAAAUUCAAUCAAAAUCUCAUCAAGAAAUCUGACGACUGUUUAUCUGCUUUUACUCCAGCAACACUGAGACUCAUUAUUAGCAGUAUCUGUAUACUUCUCUGUGGAAUAGUUGAUUCUUAUUACUACAGAUUGUAGUGUUCUUUAAGGGUAACAUUUGUGCAUUUCUUCCAACUGCUCUUUGAAGUAUUGUGCGCAUGUGUGAGCGUUACUGUUAGCUGUAUUGUGCUAUUCGACCAUUGUUAAUUAUACUGAAGCCAAAGUUGACUGUUAGAUUUUGUUAAAUUGUAAGUUUGGGUAUUAGACAUUUUUAGAAUGUAAUCAUCUAAAAUGGCAUCAUUUUGUACAUUGAUGUUUAGAGAAAAUAGGCCUAUAACCUGAACUCAUGUCCCAAUCUGUGCUUUUUGUUCAUCCCUUAUGGUCAGUUCUUAUUGGCCCUAUAUUUUUAGGUUUUAUCCAUUUGAGGUUUGCAUUGCUUUGUUGUAAAUGACAAAAAAAUGGCAGUGUACAUCUGUGCCAUCUAAUUCAACAAAAAUGUGGAUUUGUGUUAAAAUAA